AGAUAUUGUCUAGGUAUUGGUGCAACAUUACCCAUAUAUCAUGACCAACAGACGAAGGAUUAUUUGAAAUCUCUCACUAAUCGUUUGGGACUUGGUCAAUUUCAUCUUGGACUGCGUCUCCACCCUCAUACAAUGAAAUAUACUGAAUGGUUGGACGGGUCCCCUACAGCUACUUUAAAAUGGGCUAAUACCAAUGAACCGAGUGGUUUGCCUGAAGAAUGUAUACAAGAAACAUUGAGUGGUUUAAAUGAUCUGCCAUGUGAUUCAUCGACUCCUCUUAAAGUCAUUUGUCAACAGCCGAUUGAAGGCAAGUAUAUAGGGGCGUGUUCAUAUGACACCGGUUUACGGGCAAGCUUUCCUUGAGUUGGAGUGAAUUAUUUCUGUCAGGGUUGCAAAAAAUAUUUCAUUUUCUCGGGACCGCAAGGCCAACGAAAUAAAUUUCUGCAAGUGAACGACUGGCAAUCUUAUGUUUUUCUCAAUUUUAUCUCACGGGUAUUGGUUGUCUAGGCUAGCUGGUAAUAGUAUAUUGCCAGUCUAGGCUAGCUGGUAAUAGUAUAUUGCCAGUCUAGGCCAGCUGGUAAUAGUAUAUUGCCAGUCUAGGCUAGCUGGUAAUAGUAUAUUGCCAGUCUAGGCUAGCUGGUAGUAGUAUAUUGCCUACCACCAAAAUCCAAACCAAGGACUAAGCUCUAUUAAAGUCUAUUAAACUUAAUUUAACUGUUUUUAAACAUGUUAAUGUAUAUAAUGAUAGUCUGCACCUUUACCUCAUAUUUUAAUAUUAUUAUGAAUGAGCAAAUUCAAAACACUCUUUAGCUAAUGGAUGAGAAUUCAUGAGAUUGUGUAUUCUUUAAAUAUUUAGUUUGACUAGACUGUGAGCAAUCACUGCACUAGUACGAUGCUCUGUCUUUUGGUUUCAUUUCCUUUCUUUCUGUUUCUCCUUUCCUUUUUCAUUCUCUAGCUAACUUUCUUUGCUUUCUUUCCCUUAAGACUUUUUAACCUCCAUUUUUUCUGCCAACCUCAAACCAUGGAUAAUAAAAUAAAUUUUACAAUCCAUGCCCAAAAAUUUUCUGGGACCAAUUUUUGUCCCACAUAAUAUCACGCCUCGGUUGGAUGACAUUAAUACAAACAUGGCGUCUUGUGAAAUAUUUUUUGUUUUUGUCUUUUCCUCAUGAAUUAUUAAUGAGUUUUUUAAAUACAUUUUUAGUCGUGACCGGGAACAGUUGCAAAAGUGCAACUAUAGUCUUUUAGCCCUUUGGUUAUUUUGGGGUGUCAGCUCCUUUAUUUUAAAUAUAUAAGUAACAUUAACAGAUAAAAAAGGAAUAAUGUAAAACAAAACAAAAAAUGUAAUUGUGUGAUUAUUAUGGAGCAAUAAAUUGUCUGUCUUGUCUUGUCUUGUCUUGUCUUGUCUUGUCUUGUCUUGUCUUGUCUUGUCUUGUCUUGUCUUGUCUUGUCUUGUCUUGUCUUGUCUUGUCUUGUCUUGUCUUGUCUUGUCUUGUCUUGUCUUGUCUUUAUAGUCCCAUCGGCAGGGAUCGAACCUGCAAUUCCCGUGCAGCGCUUUUGACCACUUAAGCCUGUUUUCCACUAGGCGGAAUUUUGCGCGCGAAGCGGAAUUUUUCUUUGUCUUUUCUAAUUAGUUCCACCCGAGAAAUCACAAGACAAAGAAAAAUUCCGCUCCGCGUGCAAAAUUCCGCCUAGUGGAAAACCGGCUUUACGGCUACAGCUGGAGUCCAAUUGCCGAGAACUUGUGAUAACUCUGUAGCUCAGUCAGUGGUCAGUGCGCUACACCGAAAUUGCUGUUCCAUUGUCCGAGCGCCUAUGGUUACAUUUUUCGCAGCUCCUCCUGGUCAGGUCAAAAAAUCUACAAAAGCCCUGCCAGUUGCGAAGCUAGCCCAGUGAACUCUAAACUGAGCUGGCCACACCAGCAGGUCAUGCUAUAUGCACAUUUUAACGAUUUGCAUUAUUCAUACCUUUGUCCUUAUUCUUUUUAAAAUAUGUUUAGAUGUAGGUUAAUUUAUUAGUAUAGCAUGACCAGCUUUGCCACUGAACCCAGAAAAGUUCAGCUCUAUCGAACGAAAUGUUUUCCACAAACAGUUCUAUAUUUAUAUGUUUUUUUGCCCUGCAAGCCUGCAGUAUAACGAACUUAUUCUUUGCUUUGUUUUUAGCUGUGCUCGGGUCCGAUAUUUUUCCGUUGGGCAUGGAAAGCAAGCAUAUACCAGAUGCCAGCAUCACAGUCUCAAGCGAGUAUAGCCAUCAGGUUACGCCUAGACAUUUCGGUCGACUUAACUGGAAUGGUCUGCCUUGGUGCACAUUAACAACUGACACGGAGCACUUUAUUCAAGUGGAUCUUGCUAGGCUGACACAUAUUUGUGCGGUGGCUACGCAAGGACGAGGGUAUGAUUUAACCCAGAUCCAAUAUCCUACAGCUUUCUGGGUGCAACUGUCAAACGAUAGUGUCAACUGGGCUACCUUAAUGCAUCAUGACAAGAGAAAGGUAUGCCCACCCACUUGCAUACUUACGUUUUUACUUACCUAUAUAUUUACUUACCUACCUAUCUAACUACAUACCUUACCAACCCACCUAUACACACCUACCCACCCACCUCCUUCCCUCCCUCCCUACCUACUUAUCUACCCACCUACCCACCCACCUACCUACCUACCUAUACAUACCCACUCACCUACCUACCUACAAUCACAUGCAAAAAUAAUGAGACUUUACGUAUUCCAAACAUUUUUUUCAUUUUGACACAUCUACACUCAUAUAAUUCGAUCUUCUUUUACUAUUUCCCCCUCCCCCCAUUGACAAUGUUGGGUGAAUGAUUUCAGCCAACACUGUAGUUUGGUAUCAUGGUAACAACAUUGUUUGGGGGGGGGGGAGGGGGGCAAAUAGGAUGUCUCGAUCAUUUUUGCUCCUGAUUGUACCUACCCACCCACCUACCUACCCACCUAUCUAGUAUCCACACACCCACCUACAUACCCACUUAUACACACCUCCCUCCCUACCUACCUACCAUCCUGCUGUUAUCCGUUAAUUUCGGUUUCUAAAUCCAACUUUCCUUUUUUAGUAUUUCCACGGGAAUCAUGACAACUUCGGUACUGUAAUCAACCGAUUUCAACAGCCAGAAAUAGCUCAAAUUGUUCGCAUAAAUAUACAGAAAUGGAAUGGGGCCAAACUUUGCAUGAGAAUAGAGCUCUUUGGCUGUAAGACAGGUAAGAUAUAAGUUAAUAUAUGUUUUGGUUUGUGGAAAACACCACGUGUAUUUAUUAUAAAACAAUAAAUACCUAACUAAAUACGAAUAAAUACAACACUAAAAGACAGAAGAGAGAAAUUAUGCAAAAAAACGUUUUACUCAGUCUGUCGAUCGAAGAUAACAGAGAACAGAAAAUUUACCAUCUACUACCUGAAAAAAAUCAACCAACUCAUAAUUUUAGAGAGUUGAGAAGAUAUUAUAAACUUCCAAUUAUAAAUAAGAACAGAUUAAAAACUCUUAUAUUUUUAAUUACAGGUACGCAUGCCAAUCCAGACUGUAAAUAGUUUUAGUACAUAUAAUACUUUUUGUUUGUAGAAACACCACGUAAAUUUAGUACUGCAAAGCUUUCGAUCCGUAAGCCCGGAUCUUCAUCAGUGCUAAUAGAAUGUGACUUGUUCAAUUCACACGCCCCCUUUUAUAUAACAAAAGUGUCGUCGUGUAUGAGUACUUUAAAAUGAUGUACAAUAUUCUUCCUUUUUUAGGAGAAGACAAAAACGAACAAAAGGUUGAUGCAUUUCUACCGGCAAAAGCCAUUACAGGUAACUAAAGCGUACUAGAGUACUGUAUCGAUAUGUAUACAUGUCGAGGGUGUUGUACAGCCAUAUUUGAAAAUAUACUGUUCUUUAACAAGCAAGUUUACUGUACUGUGCUACAGCAACUGUCCAGUCACGUGAUAAAAAGCCGAUAUAAACUUUAUAAACAAAAGAUGAUUUAAAACGUAACAGAACGGCGAACAUGCAGAUUCAACCAUCUCAAAUGAUGGUAAUGUUGGGAUAGUAGCGUUGCAGACUGCAGAGGAGAGUGGGCAGUAAGGCUCCAUCACGCACUACCCCAUGGAAAACCUGCACCCCUUCUCGCAGAUGAAGCCAGAUCCGCCCCUGCUCCCUCUCCCCGUGCACCCCCGUGCACCCCUUCUCUGUGCACCCUUUCCCCCGUGCACCCCUUCCCCUUGCUGACCAUCCACUCGUCCACAUCCAUCAAAACGUGUUGAUGAACAUAUACACACAUACACAUUUAUUUUAAUAGAUGAUACGCCUAAAACCUGUCUUGAUGUGCUCAUGCGGGGCAAAACAACCAGCGGUGUCUACAUGAUAGAUCCUGACGGCAGAGGUGCUUUUCCGGCUGUUUGUGACCAGGAGACAGAUCGUGGCGGGUGGACUGUAUUCCAGCACCGUUUUAAUGGCUUUGUCGACUUCAACAGAAUCUGGGAUGAAUAUAAAUGGGGAUUUGGGGGCGGAUAUGGAGAACAUUGGCUGGGACUGGAGUAUCUCUCACGGCUAACUCACGCAUUUGUAAUGGAUUUGCGUGUAGAUUUGGCGGCCUUUGAUGCAAGCCAACAGUUCAGCAUUUAUCACAGAUUUAACGUUGGCGAUGAAGCAAAUAAUUAUAUGAUGAAUUUUAGCAAACACGCUGGACCAGGAAGUGAUUCAUUGACAACUCAUACAUAUAAAGGGUAAGUGCAUUUGCAGCUAAGAGCUAAGCUGAAUUUAUACGAAGGAAACCAGCUAUUGUAGAAGGCUAACCCUGUCGAUCAACAAUGUUCCCUGUGCCAUGAAACCGGAAUACCUCGAACGAUAGACCUGAGUCGUCCUGAGAUGAACUGUCUAUCCUGGCACCCACAAAUGUUAAAUCGUAGAAUAUUCAUUUUCAGACCUAUUUGUUUUAUCAGGUUUGAGACAAAGUAUAAAAAUUUUGGGAAUAAACCCGAAGGCCAUAAAGGCGCUUGGUGGUAUGGAGACAGCGUCAAAUCGAAUCUUAAUGGAAAGUACUUUAAUCAACAAGAAAAUAAUAACGAUGGCAUUUUCUGGCAUUCAUGGAAACAACACAAAACUCUAAAGACCGUGAAAAUGAUGAUCAGAGAAGGCGUGUCACGUAAGAUCUCUAAUUUUAAUUUUUUUUCCUAUCGUUGUUGUUGUUGUUGCUGUUGCUGUUGCUGUUGUUGUUGUUGUUGUUGUUGUUGUGUUGUGUUGUUGUUGUUGUUGUUGUUGUUGUUGUUGUUGUUGUUGUUGUUGUUGUUGUUGUUGUUGUUGUUGUUAUUGUUGUUGUUGUUGUUGUUGUUGUUGUUGUUGUUGUUGUUGUUGUUGUUGUUGUUGUUGUUGUUGUUGUUGUUGUUGUUGUUGUUGUUGUUGUUGUUGUUGCCGUCGUCUGUUUGUUAUGUUGUCUGUUUGUUUUUGUCUGUUUGUCCAUCACCUACCUACCCCUUAAAUUUUCAGCAUCCCCACUCCAGAGCAAAAUCUGAAAACAUUCUUUAUUUUUACAGACAGUGGAUCCGCUCUUGGCCUGAAAGAUUAUUACAUAGAGGAUUAUCAGAUGACUGCUAGUUCAACGUCCUCUCAAGAGACUGGUCCAGCGACACAUGCGAGACUAGAUCAUAGCAGUUUCUGGGGGAUACGUUCGACUGGUACGUAUCUAUCUGUUAACCUUAUUUCUCCUCAUCGUAUCACACAUAUCUCUACUCAAUGUGGAAGUAAUGCUUAUUAUGUGAAGAAAUAUUCUGUGAAAUUCAAGACGGUGAACGGUACAAUUAUUGACUAUAAGGAAAACGGAGCGGAAAGG